AUGAGCUUCUUCAAGAAUCUUUUCAAGGAGGCGGGAGUGAAGAAUGUCAUCACCCUCUUUCACGCCCCGAAGAACCCAGUCUCGACCCGAGUAUACACUCUGCUGAAGCAAGCCAAUGCCACUGCCGUCUCACACGCGACCGAAGAYCAGGCGAGCGAUCACGACAAGCAGAGCAAGCUUGAACGAACCGAUUUCGAACUUGAAAUCCAAGAGGGCGCUCCCACACAGGAUCAGGUGAACAGCAUUUUGGAAUACCUUGGGCCAUCCCACGCCGGCAGCGUUAUCAAGGACGCCACUGGCACCAGUGAUGCGCUUCGUAAGUUCAAGACGGACGAGAGCUCCUUUCAACGACCGAUUACUGUGGACUGGAACAACGGCAGGGCAGUUGUUGGGGAGAGCGAGAGUGAGAUAAUGAAACUGGUMAAGUCGGUGCCCAGUGAGGCUGGMAAGCCGUAA